GGCAGGUCAAGCUUUCCAAACAGGUGGAGAAAUAUGGAACAGGCGAACAGUUUCGGGCAGACCAAAGAAACCCCGAGCCGACCUUGUUCACCAGGCAAACAAACAUCUCCUCAAAGGUUUCCAGUCACUUUUACCAGUACAACUUCUUGUUGUUUUUUUGCGUCGUAGAGAGGAAAAAAUUACACCAAAUACCAUUUCCAGGUUAAAAAGUUCAGACGUUCGCUACAAUGCUUGCUGGAAUGAGGAGACAAAUAACGGCGGCCUAUCCGCCCAAGCCCAAGUUCACAGAGGCCAACGUUCCUGACCUCACAGGCAAGGUCUACAUCGUCACGGGCUCAAACACGGGCAUCGGCAUGCAGCUGGCCCGGAUCCUGCACUCCAAGAACGCCAAGGUCUACAUCGCGGCGCGGGACCAGGCCAAGGCCGAGGCGGCGGCCGAGUCCAUCAAGGCCUCCAACCCGUCCUCGACGGGAUCGCUGGCAUUUCUCCGGCUCGACCUGGCCGACUUGACGACCAUCAAGGCGUCGGUGGACGAGUUCCUCUCCAAAGAAAAACAGCUGCACGUGCUCUUCAACAACGCCGGCGUCAUGAUGCCGCCGCAGGGGUCCAAGACGGCGCAGGGGUACGAGCUGCAGCUGGGCAUCAACAACGUCGGCACUUUUCUCUUCACCAAGCUGCUGACCCCGAUCCUGACCACCACCGCGACGUCGUCUACCCCGGGCUCGGUCCGCGUCGUCUGGGUCUCGUCGUCAAUGGCCGAGCUCUCGUCCCCGAACCCGGGCGGCGUCCCGCUAGACAAGCUCGACGACCUGGCGUCGAACAACUCCUUCUCGCCGCGCGUCAAGUACGGCAUCAGCAAGGCCGGUAACUACCUGCACGCCACCGAGUACGCCCGUCGCUUCGGCGACAAGGGCAUCGUCAGUGUCGCCCUGAACCCGGGCAACCUGCGCUCCGACCUGGCCAGGCACCUCGGCUCCCUGCAAAAGGCGUUUUUGAACUACUUUGUCCAGCACCCGACCGUCAACGGCGCCUACACGGAGCUCUUUGCUGGCUUGAGUCCAGAGGUUGGAUUGGAGAAGAAUGGAGCGUGGAUUCAACCCUGGGGUCGUUUUGAACAAAUCAGGGAAGACCUCCAGAAAGCGACCAAGUCCGAAUCAGAAGGCGGUUCUGGCAUCGCACAAAAGUUUUGGGAAUGGACUGAGAAACAGGUACAGCAGUAUCUGUAAUGGUGGUUUAAAUGUUAAAACAUAUACCAAUUAGUAAAAGGCAGUGGCAAGGUUAUAUCUUGAGUUUGAUAAUAGUUGGUUUCUAGGGGAAAGGAUCACUGUAUAAGAACAUCCAACGAUGGAAACUCAGGCUAGUUAAUUCCAAUGACAACAUCGGUAA